AUGGGGAUAGGUCUGACGUUAUAUCCCAGAAAUCCAUAUGCCAUACAGACAGAACAGAAGAAAGAUAUUCACAAGCAUGUCACAGAUUGGGCUGAAGCAAGCCAAAAACCAAAGUGCCAUGGCAUUAACAAUAGCACCAGAUUUACUGUCACGAUUGCAAUCUGUGCUGUAUCACAGACAGAAGGAGAACUUUUGAUAGGUCUGGAUGUUGAUGGAAUAUACAGAGUCAGCGGCAAUCUGGCAACGAUACAGAAGUUACGAUUUGUUGUCAAUCAAGAAGAGAAGCUGAAUUUGGACGACAGCCAGUGGGAGGACAUCCACGUUGUCACCGGAGCACUCAAGAUGUUUUUCAGAGAACUGCCUGAGCCUCUGUUCCCAUACUGCUUCUUUGAACAGUUUGUGGAGGCAAUAAAAAUCCAAGAACAUGAUAGCCAAGUGAAAGCCAUAAAGGACCUUGUACAGAGAUUGCCCAGGCCAAACUAUGACACCAUGAAAAUACUGUUUGCACAUCUGCAAAAGAUAGCAGCCAAGGAGAACAUGAAUCUUAUGUCAUCCCAGAGUUUAGGAAUUGUUUUUGGACCAACUCUCCUUCGACCUGAAAAAGAGACAGGAUCUAUGGCAAUCCACAUGCUGUAUCAAAACCAACUGAUUGAGCUGAUGCUAACUGAAUACACCAAGAUCUUCAGUUCUGACUGACAGACUGGGAAUGUUGCUGAAUGUGUUCACAUCUGUCUUGAUACCUAAUAUUUUUACAUUUCUGUAAACAUCUUUUUAAAAUAUUUUUUUUCUUUCCAGUGACAGAUGCCUCAUUUUGUGAAAACUUAGUGAUGGUUUUGUCUUUACAUUUCCAAACAUUGAAAUAAAAAUAUAUUGUCAACAUUUGCUUAUAUGUACUCAGAAUUAACUCUUU